GGCUCCUUGCAGUACGAGAUCCUAGUCAGGUGGUUCCCGGCAGCAAGGGACAGCCAGUGUGCAACCUGACGGCGAGGAGGGAGGAGUGCUCUUCUCAUGGGGCAGCCUGACCUCUCCCCAUCCAGUAAUUCUACCCUGGAAGAUCGUGAGGGUACUGAGGCAUCAUGGGUGUCCGCGGCCUUCAAUCCUUCAUGGAGUCCCAUUGUGGCCAAGCUUGCUACUCUGUCAACAUUGGCAAGGUGGCAGAUGAGUACCAGAAGAGGACAGGAAAGACCCCAUUAAUAGUGGUGGAUGGUAUGUCAUGUCUUCGCAAACUGUAUGGCAAGCUGAACUGGAUCUGUGGCGGCCAGUGGAAGGGCUACAUUGAGCACAUACAAGAUUUCCAGAAGUCUUUGCAGCAACAUGGCAUUAAAUUGGUGCUGUUUUUCGAUGGCAACACUCCGGAGAGGAAGCGAGAGACCUGGACACAUCGACGUCUGGAGAACCUCAAGGACGUUAUCAACUACUUCACCAUUAUCAAGUCAAACAAGGAGCUGGAGCAUGGCAAGCACUUCUUCCUCCCCACUGGUCUGGCUGCCUUCACUCCUCUGAUCUUCAAGGACAUCCUUGGUUGCCCGGUGUACACAUGCCUUGAGGAAUGUGACAAGGCCGUCGCUGAGUAUGCCAAGAUUCACGGGGCCAUGGGGAUACUGGGCCAGGAUUCCGACUACAUUAUCUACAACACCGCUCACUACUACUUCUCAAUCAACCACCUGAAUCUGGAGACACUGGACACGGUUAUGUACGAUCGUAAUGCCCUGUGUCGCGUUCUCCACAUUGCCGUCGAUCAACUGCCCCUUCUGUCCUGCCUUAUUGGUAACGACGUGAUCCACCAGGAGGACUUGCUACUCUUCCACCAGCAGCACCUGAGGAUAUCCAUGCACCAGCUCCACCGCCACCACAACCGCCCCCCACCUGAGAUCCUCAUUCCUAAGGUGGCCACAUUUAUCAAUAACCAACCCCCCAUGGAACAACUCAACCAGCAGCUACCCUCAUUGGCCAGGGUGGUGUUCCGGGACGAGAACCGCGCCCACCUGCUCAUAGAUGGCAUAGGGAUGUACCAGCUGGACAUUGAAACACCUGAUGAGUUUAGCAAUCAGCCCACGGAGGUUCAGGGUAUGGACAUAAUGGACCGAGUGAGGCUAAGACACAUCAACUCGGAGCUUGGAAGACAUCUGUUUGCGAUCUUACGAGGGGAAGCUUAUGAGUCGUCCACCACUCUCGAGGACUACACUUCUAACCUUCCGUCAGGGGCCAUCGUGUUCCAGGCCCUGCGAGCGAGGGUGUAUCGUAUCUUGCAGAAGUCGGCGAGAGAUGGCCUGAGUCAGGUCCCGGAGUGGUGCAUGUACAGUGGAAGCACUUUGAAGGAGCCAGAUUUGGUGGACCCCGUCGAACUGGAGGGUGGCAGUCCAUCCCUGGAAGAACUGUGGGACGGAGACUCGGACCUGAAGUGGAGGACAUUCAUGGAUUGUGUUCACCCGCAGCUGUGUGAGACGAAAUUUAGGACCCUGCCGCCCCAUCUGGUGGUUCCCGUCGCCAUGCUCUUCUACCUGCAGUGCAGUCAACCCAAACCAAUACUGAAGGACUGGGAGAUGAACGCAAUGAUGGCAGCCUUUCUCUCUCCAAUGCGUGAGGACCUGAACCAAAUAAGGGCCGUCGCUCUGCCCAGGAUUGACGCUCGAGCUGUCCAUGUGGCCGCUAUCUUCAUGAAGGGGCUGGUUAACUUCUUCUUCCUCCUCGCUGCCUGUGACUUCCCUGUUUCGCGGGAGAAUAUGGUGCCUUGGUCUUUCUGGGAUGGCAAAGUUUUCCACCACUACUACCUACGUGCAAAAUCCGGAGCCAAGGUGGAGGAUCUCUGUGAACAUAAGGAGAAGAUACACAAACAAUUUAUGGAGAUGAAGAAUUUGAUCCUUCCACACAUAGCACCAACUGUCCCUGUGAAGACCGCUGUGCCCAGUUCACCAAGUCGCAGCCCCCUGGAGAGCCCCAAGAAGAAAGGGGGACACCUGGGCACCUCUAUCACCCCCUUAGGCAUCUCCCCCCCCACAACACCAGCCAGAGACCAUCCCACAACACUCGCCAUUACCAAGAAUGUGCAUGGAAAGAACUCGCGUGGGUCGUCUCCGCUUGUCUCGCCGAGCUCGCCACAUUCCAAGCCCCAUGGAAAGCAGCCCCACAGGUCCCCCCAGCCCAAGUCCCCUGUGGCACGGUCCCCUGUGGCUAAGUCGUCUGCAGCUAAGUCCCCAGCAAAGUCCCCAAAGAAGAUCGCUUCGUGAUCGCGCUCUUAAAGGUCGUCGGGUCAGAUUUUGUGGUCAUGUGGGUUGAAGUUGGGGUCGUGGUUGGGUUCGCUAGUCCCCUCUCCCCCCCUCCAAGUCCCCAGUGCGUUGUUCAGCCUAGGGUGAUGCACGGGGCUGCUCUUGUUGUUGUUGUUAUUGUUGUGUUGCCACUAGCUAGUCUGCAAGCCAGCCAGCUACAGGGCCACACUCAUACACGCGUACAUACUCGCCCUAUGUGUUUUUGGCCAGUGGGUGUGUGCGCGCUCCCACCGCACACACACGCACACAUACACAAGCACACAUGCACACACAUGCACAUGGGCCCACAGCGUCUUAGCAAUUCUGUACGCAUCUAGUUGUAGUGGCAGUAGUGAGUAUACACACACACACACACACACACACACACACACACACACACACACACACACACACACACACACACACACACACACCCAAA